AUGCCUAUAGCUGAUGUUCUUUUGCAUCCUGAAUACAAACACUUCAAGGCUACAGACAGUGUGGCUAUAUUGAAGCUGAUCAUGCCCAUCAAGUCACACUAUGUCAUACCAGCGUGUCUACCGUUCAAGAACUAUGUUAUGGAGAAGACCAAAAGGCAACAUCCAGAGAAAUUGUUUCAUGUUGAUUUUCUGAAUGAUGUUCCACGGGAUUUCAUCAAUGAAGAGAAGCAAGUGACUCAUUUACACCUUCUGCCGAGGGAACUGUGUUAUCUUUAUGACGAUCCCGAUAACGGAACCUAUUUAAUGAAGAUGCGCAAGGCAUGCACCACAGGCUGUAACUUCCACUCCGGCGCACCUACGUUGGUACACGAGCACACUGGACAUUGGACCUUAGUGGCUCUUUCAGAAGGUGGAUCACCAUGCCCUGACCCCCUCCGCCCCCGCCGGCCGCCAACCCCCCCUCGCCAUAUCCUGCUAUUCCCGUACGUGCCUUGGAUUACAGCGGCUAUCACCGGAAAGGCUGUUGGAGCGUUUGCUAAGGAUGACCCUUUUGGGUACGUCAUGCCUCGAGCCUCCAUCCACGACAAGCACCACGAAUGGGUGGGUCACUGGUGGAUGGGUGGCCUCCGCUGCUUCGACCGGGGAGACGCAUCCAACGACCUGUUCAAGUUUUACCACGAAAUCUUCCAGGUCAAACCCACCACGCCUACGUAUCUCAUGUACCAUUUGGAGGUAUUUUCAAACUUCUACAGUACGAUUAUCUGCGCUAAGGUGGGCAUGCCUUAUCGUCUCGGGAAACCUAAAGUAACUGAUCUAGACACACCAGUUAUACGGGUGAUGAUACCAACAAUAGCGUUUCAAACCACGUACCGAUUCAUUGUUGAGAUGUGGGCUUACAACACAUCAGAUUCAUCAACGGAUUCCGACUCCACUUCGGAAACUGAGGAAAGCUCUGAAUAUAAUAUAUCAUAG